AUGGAACCCAAGGCAGGGCAGGCAGUAACCCCCUCGUCCGCCACUUCAAACAAGCCAGUUGUCUGCGUCUUCUGUGGUGCCUCUGGAGGCAAUUCCCCCGCUCACCUCGCUGCCGCCCGCGAACUGGCAAACGCUCUCCACCAAAACAACAUGAAGCUGGUCUACGGCGGCGGCACCGUCGGCAUCAUGGGCGAAGUCGCAAAGACCCUUGUCUCGUUGGCUGGUCCCGACGCUGUCCACGGUAUCAUCCCCGAAGCUCUCGUCAAAUACGAACGCGACUACAAGGAAGGCGCUCCCCUGGACUCUGUCAUCGACGAGUCAACCUUUGGUCGAACCACUGUAGUCGCAGACAUGCACACGCGCAAGCAAGCCAUGGCCCGUGAGGUUAUCGACGGCGGCGACGGUGGCGGCUUCGUCGCUUUGAGCGGUGGUUACGGUACCAUGGAAGAGCUUAUGGAGGUCACAACUUGGAACCAGCUGGGCAUCCACGCGCGCGGUGUUGUCAUCUUCAACGUCGAGGGUUAUUACGAUGGCCUGCUGCAAUGGGUCCGCAAUGCCGUCAAGAGCGGCUUUAUCGCCAACAACAACUCCAGCAUCAUGAUUGAGGCCAAGACUGGCGAGCAAUGUGUGCAAGAGCUGAAGAACUACCAGAACACUGAGGGGAGGAUGAAGCUGAACUGGGACCAGAAAUGA